AUGCCGAAGUUCAUGCACCCAUUUAUCGAAGAUAUUAUUGAUGUUGAUGGUGACGGUUAUUGUGGAUACCGUGUGGUAGCUUUGCACCAAAAAGGAACUCAGCAAGAUUUUGAGUUGAUCAGACUGAACAUGGAGAGGGAGCUGAGAUUGUAUAAGGAAUCAUAUGUGGAGUUGUUCGAUACUGAUGAGCGUUACAAGUAUGUCACGGAUGCACUUUUCCCACCUCCGAGAAGGAGUAAACAUGCUUUUGCACCAAAUGACAAAUGGUUUACUUUUCCGAAUAUGGGUUACGUUGUGGCUACUCAUUUUCAGAGGGUUGUUGUUCAACUGUCAAAUAUGGAAAGGUGUGGAGCAUCUAGAACUUGUUUCCCAUUGAGUGGCAAACCUCCAUCAGACACGUCAGACUUGGAUUCCAAGAUUAUUUGCAUCGGCGCGCUCGCUGACCACUUUGUGUUAGUGCGGUUGAAAGAAGAAUGUCUGAUACCUCCAACGGCUCAUCAGUGGAAAAACUAUUGUUCUGAAGAAGCUGCUACAUGGGAGCCCAUGUUUUUGGAUAGAAUGCAAAAGUUUGGUGAGCUGUUGACCAUUGAAAGAGCAGACGAUGACUUAGCCACGAUUGGAAAGGGUAGCAAAGACGAUCCGCUCGAAUUGUAG